AUGGUCUUCAUCCUAGGCGUUAACUUCCCCGAGCGGAACCUGCUCAAGGCAAGCCAACCCUCAUACGCUCGCAGUAAAUCCCUCGAGACUUUCUUCGGAAUCGGCAACAAUGGCUCCUCCCGCCUCCUGUCCCGCUUCAACAUCCACCCGACCUGCCGCGUCGGCGAGCUGGCCAACAAGCAGGUCCUGGAUUUGACCGCUGUGCUAUCAGAAAUGAAGAUUGAGAACGACUUGCGCCGAGAAGUUCUCAAUGAUAUCAAGCGUCUAAAGGAGACUGGAACAUACCGCGGCCGACGUCACGCGCUUGGCUUGCCUGUACGGGGACAGCGGACACGGACUCAAAUCAAAACUCCUGUCCGGUUGAACCGCAUGGAGCGAAGGCUCUAA